AUGGCUGAAGUGGUGGGAGUGGUGGCGAGCGGUGCUGCAAUCGUCGGCUUUGGAUGCCAAAUCCUAGAAAGCGUGUUCAAAUUACAGCGGACGUUAACAGCCAUCCAGGAUGCUCCACAGGAGCUGAAAACUACCUUAGAGGAGAUCACUAUUGUGACAAAUGUCCUCAUCCAAUGUUUGGACACUCCAAACCCUCACGCUAUUGGCUCGAGGCAAGCUGUGGCCAGAGAUCAAGCUCUAGUUCAUUGUGAAACAGCGUGUAAGCAUCUAUUCGCCGUAGUCUCCGGAAUAGAAAACAGCAUCAAGGACUCCAAAUUCCGCUCUAGGUGGUAUAGCGUCCUGGCGGUGCUUAAGGCUAAAAGGAUUGCAGAUCUUGUUGCGAGGCUGGAGAGAGUAAAAUCCACUCUUGCACUUGCGCAAAUAAUGCAUCUCCAGUCCCAUGUCGCAGCCGCUUGGCUUCAUCCGAGUCUCUGCAAGCAGCUUCUCGAAUACGGCGCAGAUAGUUCGGUCUCAUUCCACUCUGAUAAUCUCUUCUGGAAUCCCCUAGGUUUAGCAGUGGAAUGCGCCGGCUACUACCGCUAUCACAUGUUUCCAGGAUUGGAAAAGUAUCGUCCUGAGCCUCAGGAAUGUCGUGGUCGGAUGCGCGAGACAAUGCGCGUACUAGCAGAACACGGUAGUGUUGAAGCACAUCAAGGUUACCAACCUGGCGAGUUCGGCCAUUGGAACCAGUCGAGAUCUGCUCUGUACUGGUUUCGGGGCACCUCUGAGGACUUCUCGUGGUUAAUCAAACUCGAAAAACCGAUUAUGACUGCUAAAGACUGGGACGACUACAUUGCAUCCAUCGUCCUUCAACAGACUGAGAUGUUUCCAAAUGAUUCUUUUCCGGCAGCGUUUAACAAGGUCUCAAACAUGAAAUCUCUGGCUAAAUACAAAGACACUUCUGGUUCAAGUCUAUUACACUAUCUACUCGAUACAAACUUCGGAAACGAGCCUGGCAUUUGGCUGAAUGGUGUAGAUAUUUUCACUUUCGUCAGGACACUACUUCAGCAUGGCGCUAACCCGACAGCGCGCAAUAACAACGCCCACACUCUAUUGAUGAAAUUCGCUCAGCACCUUCGGCGCUAUUUCAUGAGUCACGAUCUCCUGUUCAAUGCUGAAGCUGCGAUUGAGCUUUUCUCUGGAUUUUUGGCGCGGUGGACUCGGGUUCUCAAAUCAUGCAAAAUCGAUCUUGGAAAGUAUCGCUCCCAAGAGGUCGAAUCUGGAGCAGAGAUUUUUGCGCACUGUCGAGGUUUUGAGGACUACAGCUCCGCUACUGUUGAGCCCAGAAUUUGGUUCGUAAGACUUGUAUUUGAGCAGAUUGACACGAAUCAAGAGCUUCAGAUCAAAUUGCAGUUCAAGUCUAGAGACAAAGACAAGAUGAUGCCUGGAACUUGGCUUGAUGAAUUGGCGGACACUUAG